UCUGUGUCCUGUGUGUCGUCCUCUUGUGAGAUUAAUCCGUGUCUUUCUUGGUAAGGCACGAGAGAAUUGUUAAAAUACAAACACUAUCGAAUAGCGACGAAAGCAGGGGAAGAAUAAGUUCAACCCUCCAAAGAGACGAACCCCCUCCCUUUGCGUUGCACGUAGCGAUAGCUAAGCGCAGUAGGCGCUGGUGUGACGAAAAGACUAGUAGGUGCAGCCAGAAGACGGAUUGAGUGCGGUAGGAUUCGUGUUCCUCAUACACCGUUUCGGAGAAGGCCACGCACGCGGACCGCAAUCAUGGCAGAACGGCGAUCGGGCGGAUCGAGCCGCAACAAUUUCACCGAGGAGAAAAGCUCCGCCGACACGCCGCCGAUGUCACGGUUGUUUAUCAUCUGCAGCAAGAGCGUGACCGAGGAAAAUCUGCGCGAACAUUUCGACAAGUUUGGCGACAUCGAGGAAAUAUGGAUCGUCAAGGAUCGGUCGACGGGCGAAGGAAAAGGUGUAGCCUACAUAAAGUAUGCAAAAACGUCCGACGCGGCCCGUGCGCUCGAGGAGAUGAACGGGAAAUGCGUCGGGGACAACACGCGCCCGAUCAAGGUGCUUGUUGCCGCGAACCGGCAGCAAGGUUCGCGCAAGCAGACAGAGAACGAGGAGGAAAAAUAUCUGCGGCUGUUCGUCAUCAUACCGAAGGACAUGACGGAGGAUGCGCUCCGGGAGGAGUUCGGGAAGUACGGUACGGUCGAUCUGGUCACCAUCAUCCGGGACAAGGUGACGAAGGAGGGCAAGGGGUUCGCGUACGUCAAGUUCGGGCGGUUCCUGCACGCGGCCCAGGCGUUCGAGGGAUGCGAUCCCAAGUAUAAGGCGGUGUUUGCCGAACCGAAGCCACCGCGCAACGCGUCCGUCUCGUCGAACGAGAACUUUGGCGGUUUUGUUGGCGGUGGCGGUGGUGGUGGUGGCGGCGGCGGCGGUGGUGGAGGUGGAGUUGGUGGUGGCGGUGGUGGUGCCGGGGCCGGUGUGUUCGGCGGUGGUGCCGGUAACAGCGCGAACGGAUUCACCGACGACCGUCGCGUUGGGCCGGGCGGCGUUGGAGGUGGUGGUGGCGGUGGGGCCGGUGCCAUGAUGGGCUUUGCCGCGAUGGGUGGAAACGAUCGGCGGUCGGGGGUGGGCGGUGGCGUGGAUCGGUGCGUCGGUGGCAACGACUUUGGCGCGUUCAGCGGAUAUGGUGCGGGCGCGAACAGUGCGAUGGUCCCGAACGGCAAUGAAACGAAGCUGACCGUACUGUGCAGUCCCGUGCUGAAUCAGGACCAGUUGUGGCGCCUUUUCGACAUCAUUCCCGGGCUGGACUAUUGCCAGAUUAACAACGAUUUCAACAACCGCAACGUGACGGCGACGGUCGUGUACAACAACAGCCAGUCGGCCAUGUACGCACGGGACAAGAUACACGGGCUCGAGUAUCCGCCGGGCGAGCGAUUGAUCAUACGGCUCGGACACGAAACGGUCGGCACGAUGGGCGGCGGCGGAGGUGGCGGAGGUGUCGGCGGUGCGGUGGAACCAUUCAACGGAAGUGGUAUGGGUGGCGGUAACCGGGGAGGAGGAAUGCCGGUCGAUCCGGCACUGAUAGCACGUGCCGGACCGCCGCUAACCACGCCUGUUUCUUCCUGUUCCUUCGCCGUAGAUCGUGAGGCGGCGUUCUGCAGCGUGCCGUUGCCGCCACCGCAGCCGAUGGCUAGCGCAAAUGCCGAGGUUGCCCAGCGUUGCUUUAUCGUCUGCAUACCGAAGGCGCUGCCGACGAGCGUGCUGAAGCAGACGUUCUGCCGGUUUGGCGAUCUGAUCGAUGUGUAUCUGCUGCCGAACAAGAACUGCGGGUACGCCAAGUACGCGUCGGAGGAGUCGGCGAAGAAAGCGAUCAAGCUGCUGCACGGUGUGGACAUUUUGAACGUCCGGUUGAAGGUAUUGGAAGCCGAGGAACCCAGUAAUGAUCGAAGGAAAAGGAUGCGCCAUGACGAGCGCAUGGAAAACGAAUAAUUCACCUAAAGCAAUGGGGCCAAUGUGUGGAAGAUGAGAUGUGUACAGUGACGCGUCUAUAUGCAAGAAUUCAUACACUACAUUUAACGCAAAGAAAAGAGACGCACUGAACAAACCGGUACAGAGAGAGAGAAAAAAGAACCGAACUAAACGAGCAUACGAUAAUGGUACUGUUACUGUAGCAUACCUAGCUUACUUUACUUGAAUCAUACGCCUACAUGAAGGAAACCCGCGUUACCCUCCAGAAGUCCUACACUACCAACUACUAGAACUGGACCUACCUGAACGUGCACGAAGCAAACGGUUGGACAAGAAAGGAAAAAGAAAAUGAAUGAAAAAAAUAACGCAGCAUACUACAUAACGCAACCCGGCACGCGAGGACACAUUAGAAAUCUGAUUCAUAGAAACCACACAAGAAAAAAAGAAACAUCCACCAAGACACGAUGAUGCGCGUGAUAUCACACUAUUCCAACCCAAGAAAAGUAACCACAAAACCGAACGUGACGAUGUGCGCCUGUCCUACUGUAACUACUGCAAACCCGCUACACACCGACCAUACCUUCACACUCUCUCACUCUCUAUCUCUACUGGACGGAUCGAUGGAAGGACGAAGAUCUUUCUGCUUGUCUUUCGCUCUCUUCUCCUCUUUCUGUCCCGCAACCGCACAGGACCGCACGAACGAAACGAAGCCCCACGUGCAUUUUGGGGAAACAGCGACCCCCCACCACCCCAAAUGAAACGGAACGCAGAAAAAUUCAGGACUUUAAACAUCACAAUCGUAACCAAUCCUUACCGUGCCAUCAUUGCAAUCAUCAUCAUUAUUUCCCCUUCAUUUCCUGCCUCUGCACGCUCAUGCACACGGGCCAGGACGGGGCAUAUCGGUGGCCACCGGUGGCCUACCCCAUACGCCUGGAAGACUACCGUGACCACAACGUUUACCGACGCUGGACGGGAUGAGUGGAACGGGGACGUGAUGGAAGAAGAGAUACUGAGUGAAGCUACCGGAAGGUCGAAAAUUGAACUCUGCACGCUUUGGACACAGAACUGCGACCCGUACUUGAUAUCUUGAGACCGAAAUAGUAACGCAACCGAUGAAGAAUAACGAAGUAGGACUGUAAGAGAACGGAGCGUACGUACGUUGGGAACUGGUGAGGUGUGCAGACACGUUAGAAAGCGGAACUACUCCACCGGAACUCUGGGACACGCAAAUCGAAAUAGCAAGAUCCGGGCACAAGAGGAAAAAACACACACACCCACACACACACAACUCACAAACCAAACAAGGACGAACGAAGACAUUCCUUUUUCUUGCUUCUGUGUGCGUGCGUAAAUGUGUGUGUGUGUGUGUGUAUGGGGGAGUGUGAAAAAAAAAUCGGUGGACAUAAGCAAUUGCGGACAUGAAUGGAGGAGCGUACUGAAGACUGAGACAUACGUACGGGCGCAUAAACACACUGAUUGGGAAGGGGGCAGGGUUUUUUUCUCGUUGUUGGGGCUGAUCGACGGAAGGAAUGCUACGGUUUCGAAGGACCGCAUACAUGACAACUACUGCUAGGCACUAUUUUUUACUUUUGCUUUGAGUGAGUGUUUUAGCCUAUCGUUUCGUUGUAACAUUAUCCCGUACUGAAGAUGGUUUUGUUUAAUCCUUUUGACGCUGAAACAAAGAAGGCAUGAAAUGCGGAGUGUAUAAAGCAGCUGUUUGUGCGUGUGUGUGCGCGUGUGUGUGUGUGUAUGUACAGGAUGGUGAGCUUUUGUACAGCGGUUGAAUGUGGUUGAAGAUGAUCUUGCAUUGUGGAGCAUGUGUGCAGACUAAGUACCACCACCAUAUAACCCAUUGACUAGAUCCCGCACUUUAAGGCGCAGUACUGGUUAUGCUACAUAAUCUGUUUAUAACGUUCCGGUACAAGGCGAUAGACCACUGUAGUCAAGAUCUUUCUGGCCUUGCUUUUGAGCAUUGUGUGUAACAGUGAGACACAUACCUUACUACUGUAGAUUCUGUGGUUUGUCUCACCAUACCAUAUCCAACUAGAAUUCCUUACAUAUUUUACCUUUAAUACACAACGUUCCCCUACUCUACAAACCUGUCCGAGGUGGGCAAUAAUCUCGAUUAGACCGAGGCCUGAAGUGACACACAGCACAUGUGCAAAUCCAAAACGAGUAGAAAAUGCGAUAUCCGCUUGAGCGAGAACAAACAGAGCAAUUAUUUCCGGAUGAAUAGCCCCCUAGUUUGUAAGCUUUUUAGUUAGUACCAUUUUUUGUGUAUACCCGUGGUAUAAUAAUUUACAAAAAGCAACACACAUGAAGAGAUUCAGUUACGCACAAGCAAAUCCAACUUUUCAUGCUCAACUGUGAGAUUUGUAAAUGCCAAAAGACAGUGAACACGACACACACUGGACGUUUGAGAUUUCCCGUCACCAUGUACCAUUCGAACAAAUCUUGUUACAAUUAGGACUAAAGCUAGAGUGUAAAGUUGAGAUAGUAUGUAACUUUCGUCGUAUCGCCAAAAUGGUCCUAACAAAAACCAUCAUCACUUGCUGAAAGCUAUACAAUUGAAUAAUAGCGUACUGGUUAGGAUAGCGCCUUUUGCUUUGAUUUUUGCACCUUUAUGCUUAUCCUUUUAUCUAGCAAACUAGAAUGAACAACAAUCCUCGUGUACGAUGGUGUGUAGCAUCUUCGAUCGCUAUUUGCACACUUUUGUAUAAUUCUCCUUUUUAACAUUGACUUUACCAACUAUAGCUUUUACGCUUGGAAUCAGCUUAGUGUGGGCAGUGCUUGUUGCGAAGUAAAUAAGUAUCAUGUGUUUGCCAUUUGUUUUUGAGUAUGUACUGUUUAACAUAAUGAUUCCCUUCACUCCAGCCGCCAAACGAUUCAGGAAAGGAUAUUGAUUUUAAAGUGCGAGUCCCGAUGUUACCUUACACGGGAUUGCAUGUCAGCCUUAGCUUCUCCUAGCUUUGCUUCUCUUUUUCGUUAUUGUAUCAAACAUUUUACCAUGCACACCUUAGAUGAUAAGCAGCGUACUAGGCUAGCGAGCCGGAAUUGCUAUAGUUUUCGUUUUUAGUUCAUUUAGUUUGUAAGUUGUGUAAGUAAUGUAAGUCUCUGCGGUCGAGUCUCUCUACAUCGGUGCAUUAUUCACGUGCGGGUCGGGUGUGAUUUUACGGUGCGCAGCUUAAGAAAAAAAUUGCCUAAUUGUGUAAAGUUGCAAAUGUACGGAAAGCGCGAUCAUAGCGAAUUUCUUAAAUUUUAUUUGAAAUUUUUUCAACUACCGUUUAGUCUCAGUGUAUCCGAUCCAACUCUUAUCUGUUUUAAAGAUUGUUUUUCUUUGUUCGUGCGUUUACGUUCGUAAAUACACAGCGGGUGACGAUAAUCAAACUUGCUUGAUUCGGGUGAACGAAUCUGAUAGUGACAUGCCGUGAACGAUUUAAAUAAAAAAUUGCCAAUAUUUACCAACUGAUA